AGCGUGGCUUUUGUGACUGGAACCUGGUUCCACGGGACGAUGGCGUCAACGGGGCUGCUGCUGCUGGAGUUGGGUCUGUACGCCAGCUGCUUCGUCUGUGGGAUCAUCGCCGCGGCCUCCAUCACCAUAGUCCAGGGUAACUUCGGAGGCCGCUGCAUGCUGUAUGGACUCGUCGACUACAACGCCACCGCCGACCUUAUUGGCAUCAAGUCCUCCAGCUCCUCGUCUCUGUGCUACUUCGUGGCGGCCGUAUCCGUCAUGGUGGCGGUGGUGUGUUUCUCGGUGUCUCUGUACUGGCUCUACAUGUUCUGCAUCGACGGGGAGAUCCGAAGGGAGCGCGUGUGGAUGAACCUGAACGUAGCCGCCAGCGGCUUCUUCCUCUUCUUCCUGCUCAUCACGGGCUGCAUGCUGAAGAUCGGACGGGACGCGCUCUGCAACUCGCUCCUACAGAGUGUUCCCAACAUCACCAGCUGUGACGAGGCCCAGACCAGAAAGUGGGUCAGUCCACUUAGAGGGGCGAGAUUCUUCAACAGUCUCUACAAAGCCGAGACGGCGGUGUGGGUCAACUUCUUCCUCUGGUUCAUCAUCGGCGUGCUCGUGAUCCUCCAGAGGCGUCAGGGUUCGGGGUCGAAGGUCAUCGGCGGGCCGGCCGGGGGCCUGUUCGGCGAGGCGGGGGUGACGGACGCAGAGACGGAGCCGUUUUUCAACCGUCCCGCGCGGCCUCAGUGAAGGACAUGGGGGGGGGGUCACAGGAUGACUCGCAUGCAGGAGUAGAUGAAUACGCAGCUUUGUCCAGCGAACACAUUCUACAAAUAAAUAAACAAAAUAAUUUAAAAAACAAAUAACAAAUAAACAAAUAGCUUUUGCUCAUCUUAGUUUUCGAGUGUUGCGACACUUAAGAUAAGGAAAACCUGUGCGUGCAGAGCACAAUGGAAUAGCAAUCCAUGCUGCCCCCCCUCCCCUCCCCGUCGAGUGGAGCGUGUUUACACUCACACCUUUCCCGCAUCUACUCAUGUCUACCGGGUCACGCGGGCAGACGGUGUUUAUGGCAGGCGUUUGUUUCUUAUUUAACACAUUUUGGGAGUGACAGACAAAAAAUUAACAAGGUCCUCAAAAAGCUUUUUAUUUUUUAUCCCUUGACUUUGUAGUUUGUACUUUGUUUCUACGAUGUGCCAAGCAGUUUUACUCCCAUCUUUAUAACAAAUUAUUUAAUUUGAUGUCAAGGCACAUUGGCAUUUUGAAUCAUUGAGUGUUUGACCUCAGAUCGGUUCAGUUGAAACAAUGUGGGGGGAUCACUGCAUAUAGAAAUGGAGUAAGAUUUCUUUAUAUUAAUUUACCAAUAAUUCAGGGGGAUUUUUCCUUUUAAUGACAAUAUAUAUUCUCCACUGGCCUAACUGUUACAUCUGAUACCCACUCUAGUUUUACUCAGAGGUGCUCAUCCAGUACUCCAGCCUGAUGCUGCGUUUAGGAUAAAAAAAAAGGUAUGUUGAGGUAUUAACUUCUGUUUGCAGUGAUGUUACUCGACACAUGGAGCGUUUUUAAACCAAUAAACCAAAGAGUUCAAACCCAA